AUGUCUACCUCUCAUCUCUACACCAGCUGCAGCAACACCUCUCUUUCACGCGACGACAAUGUUGGGGUAUUGUUAUGUGCCUCCUGCGGCAUCGUUCAAACCUUCUAUCAAUAUGAAUCCUUCACUGGCGGCAUCAACGGUCCACAAGGCACCUUCGUCCACAUCGGAACCUCAGGUUCAGGUGACUUUUACUCUUACAAAGACAGAAAUUAUUAUCCGCUCGUAAUUCCAUUGAAGAAUUCACUAAUAGGUUAG